AACGACCACAAAGAUCUAAGCGAACACCCACAAAAAGUCUUGUAUGCGUUUCUCCCAAACUUAAUUUGAACUCCUCAUAAAUCUGAGAAGAAAGAACGAUAAACAAACAACCCCCGAAAUGGCUUUUGUAGCUUCAUCACCAAGCAGAUCACUGCCAUUAACGAACAUGCUGAUCAUCACUGUCGUGUUACUGCUGCUACCAAUUCCAGCCACCGCGCAAUCACGCACCAACAUAACUCUGGGUUCAUCCCUCGUUGCCAACGCUGCCACUUCCACUUGGCUAUCGCCUUCUGCUGAAUUCGCUUUCGGAUUCCAACCCACAGCAGGGGGCGACUACUUGCUGGCCAUCUGGUUCCACAAAAUACCUGAAAAAACAAUAAUCUGGUCAGCCAAUCGCGACAAUCCUGCCCCACAGGGCUCCACACUCCGACUUGCUGCAAACGGGAGGCUCCAGCUCAACGAUCCCAGCGGCCGACAGUUCUGGGCCGCAAACCCCGCCGCAGCCUACGCCGCCUUGCUCGACUCCGGCAACUUGGUGCUCUUUAGCGCUGCUUCUGAAAACCUGUGGCAGAGCUUCGACGAACCCACUGACACUUUAGUCCCAUCCCAGAUACUGAAUCGAGACGGCCAGCUCAUCUCCAGUUUCUCCGACAGGAAUCACUCUCGAGGGAGAUUCUUCUUCAUUAUGCAGACCGAUGGGAAUCUCGUGUGGUAUACUAGAAACUUCCCCAUGGGCGACCCAAUCAAGGCUUAUCUGGCUACGCAGACGGUGGGUGAUGGAUUCCGCUUCAUCUUCAACACAUCCGGAUACGUCAACCUCGUCAGCCGAAACGGGACUUUGCUUAGCAACAUCUACUCAAAUAUUGGAGCUCCAACGACGCAGUUUUACCAGAGAGUGACGCUGGAUUAUGAUGGUGUUCUAAGGCACUAUCUGUAUCCCAAGUCCAAUUCGAGUGGUGGGCGGGCCACGGCAUGGUCUGUUUACGACUUCCUGCCUUCCAAUAUAUGCACUGCAGUGACUCAAGAUACAGGCGGAGGUGUUUGUGGCUUCAACAGCCUCUGCUCCGUGGGAACUAAUCAACGCCCGCGAUGCACUUGCCCUUGGGGCUACUCUGCAAUCGAUCCCAACUACUGGGCCACUGCAUGCAAGAGGGAUUUCAUUCCGCAGAGCUGCAAUCAUGACGAGGAUCUCUUCGGCUUCAACGACAUGCCCAAUGUGAAUUGGCCUUUAUCCGACUAUGAACAUUUUACUCGAGUCUUAGAGGAUUGGUGCAGACAGGACUGCCUCAGUGAUUGUUUCUGUGAUGUUGCUAUAUACGGAAACACCGAUUGCUGGAAGAAGAGAGUCCCUCUUUCCAACGGGAAGAUCAACUCCAGUGUGCAGGGGAAAGCUUUGAUAAAGGUGAGGAUGAGAAACAGCACUGUCGUCAGCCCUUCCUCAGGUAAGUCAGGGAAGAGAAACAGAGUCGCUUUCAUCAUUGCCGGUGCAGUUUUGCUCGGAACUUCUGUGUUUCUCAAUUUACUUGUACUGGUAUCGAAGCUGUUCUUCGAUUCCAGGAGAAAAUCAAACAAGGAUGGGGAAGGAGAAGGCAACAAGAGAGUGUAUCCCGGAGUGAACAUAAGGUGCUUCGGUUUCAAGGAGCUGGAAGAAGCCACCAAUGGAUUCAGUGAACAGUUAGGCAACGGCACUUACUCGACAGUGUACAAGGGGGCUCUAAUCGACGAAGAUGGAAAGAUGGUGGCGGUUAAGAAGCUGAGCAGAAUGGUAGAUGAUGCAGAGAAAGAGUUCAGAGCUGAAGUGAGCUCAAUCAGCAAGACCAACCACAAGAACCUGGUGCAGCUGUUGGGAUACUGCGACGAGGGCCAAAACAGGCUGCUGGUGUACGAGUUCAUGAGCAAUGGCUCCCUCGCCACCUUCCUAUUUGAAAACUCACCCAAGCCCAAAUGGUACACAAGGGUGCAGAUUGCGGUCGCGGUCGCAAGAGGCCUCUGCUAUCUGCACGAAGAGUGUAGCACACAAAUCAUACACUGCGACAUCCACGUAUUCGUCCCGCCGCAUCCUUUAAUUAAGCAUUGGAUUUCAGUUCUUCGGAAUGAGCAGACGCCUUGUCCUAUAUUCAAGAAUGCUAUGGCUGAGCUUGGGAGAUUACUAAUAUAUGAGGCAUCAAGGGAGUGGCUGAACUACUGUUCUGUAUGCAAAUGCACAUACAAUCUUGAUGAUCACGGUGAUCGUUGUAUUAGGUGUGGUGGUUCCUCUGAUGAUAAUACUUGGUUGCCAGAGAAAUUUCCUGAAGGCUCUCGAGUAUUCGUUGUGGAUCCCAUGCUUGCAACAGGAAUUACAUUCAUUAUCUUUACUUCUGGGGGAUUCUUGAGCGGGAUUCUUGGACAUUUGCAGGCUCUGCUAGCUGCUCUUGCUAUUAUGUCGGAUCUUAUGUUCGACUUCUUGGGAAGGUGCAGUAACGAAGCCCUCAAGGAAGAGAUGGAAGAGAAAAGAAGGGCUCAGAUUACUUUCAUGAGGAAGAAGGAUUUCAGGAAAGAGCAACUAGUUCUUGAGGACUUAGUGCUAGAAUACAUACCUCAUAACGUGCUCUUGGACGACGCUCACACUGCAAAGAUAUCGGAUUUCGGGUUAGCGAAACUUAUGAGGGCCGAUCAGACAAGGACGACAACGGGGAUAAGGGGGACUCGAGGGUAUGUUGCGCCGGAAUGGUUCGGAAACAUUCCGAUAACAGUGAAAGUGGAUGUGUAUAGCUACGGGAUCAUGCUGCUGGAGUUGGUGUGCUGCAGGAAGAACUUCGACCCUGAUGUUGAGGACCAGAGAAGGCAGAUUCUUAGUGACUGGGCUUAUGACUGCUGCUGCGACGGAGCAGUGGAGGAGAUGUUGGUGGAGGAGGAGAUGAGAGAUGAUGACAUCAAGAGAUUUGAGAAAAUGGUGAGGAUAGCGAUGUGGUGCGUCCAAGAAGAUCCGGAAUUGAGGCCGCAGAUGAAGAGAGUGGUUCAUAUGCUUGAAGGUUCAGCGGAAGUGCCUUCACCACCAGAUCCUGCUUCAUUCGUCUGUUAA